AUGCCUCCCUCAGCGCGCAACCCGCCCGCUCAAUCUGGAAUAUUUUCCAGUGUUUUUGGAUUCAUAUCUCGAGAGGUCGAAAAUUUUGUGAGCAGUGCAACUGGUGCACCCAGAGCAGAGGAGUCUUUGAAGUCAAAACCUUCGGCACGACGGCGACGUCGCAUUGACAAAACAUCGAAGGCUUCCGCUUUGAGAAUUCAUAAACGGCAGCAUGAGGGGAAUAGUACUGUCAAUCAGAAGAGGAGGGUGAAGGGAGAACGACGGGACCGCAGGAACUCUAGGAAUCUGCCCGUUACGAUUUCCUCAUCCGAGCAGGAAUAUUCGGAUGCAUCCCCUUCUCCCUCGCUUAGGAAACGCCCUUCACGAGCACCAUCAUUGAGAAGGUCGCCGUCACCUCACUACGACGCCACGAACAAACAAGCUUCGUCGGUAUCAGAACGUCCAGAACUUUCUAUGCCACCGGUUCCUCGUGCUUUGCAGCGCUGUCGGUCCGAGACUAUGCCAGGGUCAUUGUAUCCCCGCUCUCCGUCUCUGGAGCCUGAGCAUCACAUGAAUGGAGGGGAUGAUGCUCAUAGGAACUUCCGCUUUGAAUCGAACACGUCUCGCCAUCGUUCCGGCAAUCCUAGCAACACUCGUUCCGCGCUAUCCUCUCAUAUCGAAAUGCCUGAGGCCGGUCCCUCCAGCCCGCGGAGCCCCAUAUCUCGAAAUGCAAGCACGAAAAAUCCCAGCAUUUUGAGAUCACCGUCACGUCCUCGCCCUGGCUCGAUGAUUGACGAUGCAUUAUCUCCGAAUAUGCAUAGGAAUGGUCGUUCCAGGAUGGCCAAAGGCAAGGCAAAGGCUAUCUCGUUUGAGAGCUCAGACGCAGAGCGGUCACCUGAAAGCUCAAGGUCCGCAUAUGACUAUUCAGAACCAAUCCACGGAGAUAGUUCUGGGGAGAUUCGAGUGCGUGGCAAGGAACGAGAGUUGAUCGCUGUGAUAGAAGAACAGAAGGAAAAGGAGCAACACUGGGAAGGUGGCCCAGAUACCACACAGAUUUACGAGGAUAGACUUGAUUUUCAAGAGAAGAUCAGGCUACUUGAAGAAGAACUAGCUAAACGGCCGUCAACAUCGUCAAAUACACAUGCAAUGCCUCCUCCCCCUCCUCCACCUCCACCGUUUCCCAUGACAAGUAUUCGUGCGCCCACUUCAUCCUCAGCGGAUACAGAGAGUUUGUUCGCCAGUGUUCGUGCAAGCCUUAGACAUGCACCGACGCCUGUUGAAGCGCCCAUCAACUCCGUCGUUUAUGGUGGCGCACCGCGGAUGAGACGAACCGGCCAACCCACUGUAAAUGUUCCAUCGGACAAGAUGGCUGCAUUUUUAACAGAGAUGAAGACUGUUCGAUUGCGCAAGGUAGGGGGAGGAUUGACUGAAGCUCAAGGAUCUGGAUCUGGAGUGGGCGAGAAGCGUAAGCGGGACGGGUACAGCGCUGAGGAGGUUCAAGCCGUCAAGCGCCGCCAGACAAUGGCUCCCGUCGAGAUCACAAGACAACACUCAUCAGACCUUCUGUCACGAUCAUUCAGUGGACUUCCUUCCACUCACAGCCUACCUGGUCCUUCAUCACUAUCUCAAUCGCUGCAAUCAUCCUCUGUUCGCAACUGGCCUUCGGUGACAGGUGAUGGGGCUGAUCUUGCUACACCUUCGUUGACGUCUGAUGGCGACCUCGAUGGGGAAAACAGCCUGGAGGAAAGGUUACCGCCUACGCCGCCCAUCAUCCCUUUGAACGAAAUCCGAGGUCCCAUCCGUGUGCCCUCCAUCAACAAACCUCUUGGCGGGGAGGAGAUCUCGGAUAUCAGCAUCUUGUCUUUCAGAAACGAAUCAUCUACAUCUCAACACCACGUAAAUCUUCCACGACAUACUCAGACUGCAUUCGACAAACGCGUCCCAGGCUCUCCCAUGCCGGCGGAUACACCCAAAAAACCGAACCCACCUGCGCGUACUCGAGCCCAAUCAACACCCCAUCCGAAGUCCCUGAUCGUAGAUUCCGAUGAUGAUGAUGAUGAUGAUGAUGAUGAUGAUGACGGCAUCCGUGAUGACGCUGAUCAGCUUGCGGCGGAAGCCGCGGUUCCUGAGCCUGAGCUGCGACCUUCAGCCAAGGGAAAGAGGAGAGAGAAGGGACGAGCUGCACCUGUGGCCAAGUCUUCACGUAUCCCAGUCGCAUCUGCCGGUAACAAGACAUCAUCGAAUUCGUCACGCAGCACUGGUGUCACCUCCGCACGAAACGCUUCAAAUCAAACUUCUAAUAAACGGCAGCGGCGUCGUACACUGGAUGAAGAGCUACGGCAGGCUGAAGAUGUGUUGCAAGGCGAGGGUUUGAACGGCGUAGACCUCGAGGAUGAUGAAUUGCUAAUUGGUGUGGGUUCGCGAAGCAAGAAAAAGGGAUUUCUUGCGCAUGGCGGUGCUGGCGGACAGCCAGUCUUCAUGGGAGUGGGGUAUGUUGAGGGUGUAGAAGAGAUUGAACCUGAGGAGUGGGUAGAGCCUGUGCGGAGGAAAACAAGGAAGGGGAAGAUGGCGAAUUAA